AUGUGCGACGUGCAAGAAUGUUUCCGCCCGUCGAUCGAUGCGUUCGAUGGCGUCGUUCGAAGUUCAAAGAUUUUAAUCGAAUCUGCAAAGAUAUUCAACUGGCCGGUGUUCGCGACGGAACAAGUUCCGAGCAAACUCGGGAGGACCGCCGAGGAGGUUUUGCAAUGCAUGAGAGAGAUGCACCCUGAAAACGAGGAGAAGGUGAUAAAGGAAAAGUUUCCAAUCGCGAAAUCGGAUUUUGGUAUGCUUCGGGCGAUUUUGAUGGGUAAAGACGGCGACUUGAACGUUCAGCCGAACUCGCUGUGCGGGGAGGAAAGUUUAGCGAAGAUGAUGUACGACGCGGACGAGAUACGCGUUUUGUUGUUGGGAGUAGAAGCGCACGUGUGCGUGUACCAAACGGUGAAGCAGAUUAUGGAACACAACGAGAAAGCGGGACGGAAUAUUUUGAAGCCGUUCGUGUUGUGCGACGGAGUGCAGUCGCAAAGGGGCGUGGACCGCGAAGUCGCUUUAGAAAAAAUGAAAGAGCUCGGCGCGACGAUGACGACGACGGAGAUGUUUUUGUUCGAAGAGAUGGGUGGAGCCGAGCACGAAAACUUUCGGGACGUGGCAAAGACGGUGAGAAAGUAUAAGUAA